AUGCGUCCCGACAAGACGGAGGCUCGGUUGAAGGCACUGCUGAAGGACACGCAAAACCGUCGCUGCGUCAACUGCGACUCGUUGGGGCCCCAGUAUGUGGUGUGCAACUUCAACGUUUUCGUCUGCACCGUGUGCAGCGGCGUGCACCGCCAGUUUGGGCACCGUGUUAAGGGUGUGUCCAUGUCCACAUUCAAGCCAGAGGAGGUGGCGGAGUUGGAGGCGUCGGGCAACGAGAAGUUUGCAGCCUACUUCCUGAGCAAAUGGACCACCGCGGCGCUGCCUAAGCCGGUGGACCGUGACGUGCACCGCAUCCACACCUGGAUUAGCGCCAUCUACCAGGACCGCCGCUUCUACGCCGAGCCAACCGGCGGGUGGGCGCCCGGCACCGGCGCCAUGUCGGCGGCGGGCAGCAGCAUCAGCGAGGGCCGUGAGCCAGCUGUGCGGCCAAUGUCAGAUGUGCUGGGGUCGGAAACGCCCAAGCUCAAGGUGCAGGGCAGUGCCAACCUGGAGCGCAGCGUCAGCGCCAUCAGCAGCUCGGCAGGGUGCGCCAAACGACGGCAGCGGCAGCAGGCGGCGGGCUGA